AUGGCGUGUCUGUGUAAGGAACCCAAACUUAGCACAUCUCAGGAGUUACUGCGACGUGCCAGAGAGCAGGAGGUGAUAGAAAUAAAUGUCCAUCUUCUAGGUAUGGAUGACGACACGGAUGUCCAGUUCCUCCUGCAGGGGGGAGAUCUUCUCAAGGUACGUUCCUUGUCCUGGAAGAAAAAUCGGUACUUUCAACUGCAAGAGGACUGCAAGACAAUGGUGCGGGAAUCCAAAAAAUACUUCAGGAGUCACCGGACAUUUUCCAUUGACGACAUCGCUGUUGUGCGACUGGGUCGUCAAACUGAGGGUUUGAAGAAAUACACAGAACAGCAGAUGGAGAAUUACUGCUUCUCCAUUGUCUUCAAGGACCACCGAAAAAAUUUAGACCUCAUCGCCAACUCUGAGGAGAAGGCCAAGCAGUGGGUUGGCAGCCUUCAGAAACUAAUUGCCAACAGAAAAAGCCUCAACCAGCAGCAAAAGACAGAACACUGGAUCUUUAGUUGCCUGAGCAAAGCAGACAAGAACAAAGAUGGCAAGCUGAGCAUGUCGGAUGUCAAGGACUUCAUGCGUCUCAUCAACAUUGACGUAGAUGACAGCUAUGCAGAGAUGCUUUUUGAGAAAUGCGACAAAUCAAAGUCUGGAUAUCUGUCUGGAGAGGAGAUCCAGCAUUUCUAUGACCUACUGACUUACCGGGAAGAAAUUGAUGUGAUCUACAAGGAAUAUGCACGAUCUGCAGGCGUCAUGAAGCCUGAGAAUCUGGUGGAGUUCCUGCAGAAUGAACAGAGAGAGAUGAUAUCACUGGCUGAUGCAAACCAGAUCAUUGAGACGUUUGAGCCAGAUGAAAAAGCCAAGGAGAAGAGAAUAAUGACUAAAGAUGGCUUCCUCAUGUACCUUCACCAUCCUGAUACCUUGAUCCUGAAUCCAGAGCACAUACAGGUGUACCAGGACAUGAGCCAGCCUCUCAACCACUAUUUCAUCUCCUCCUCACACAACACCUACCUCAUGGAGGAUCAACUCAAAGGACCUAGCAGUACAGAAGCUUAUGUCAGGGCUCUUGUGAAAGGCUGUCGCUGUGUGGAAUUGGACUGCUGGGACGGAUCAGACGACGAGCCGGUCGUUUACCACGGCUACACGCUAACCUCGAAGAUCCUUUUUAAAGAUGCCAUUAAAGCCAUCAAGGAGUACGCCUUUAAGACAUCUGAAUACCCAGUGAUCCUCUCCCUUGAGAACCACUGCAGUGUGGAGCAGCAGCAAGUAAUGGCCCGGCACAUGAGCUCCAUUUUGGGUAGUGCGUUGGUCACCUCUCCACUCGGGGACAGCAUGCCAACAAACUUCCCCUCUCCUGAGGAGCUGAAGGGGAAGUUCUUGAUCAAAGCCAAGAGGUUAAACAAACUAGAGGCCACCUUUGCUCCUGAGGUGGAGGCUAUGGAUGACUCUGAUGUAACGGAAGAAGAAGAAUCAAAUGAUGAGGAUGAACCGGAGGAGGAAAUUAAAAAAAAGAAACUGAAGCUAGCUAGAGAGCUCUCCAACAUGGUGAUCUACUGUAAGAGCGUCCACUUCAAUGGCUUUGAAGAUGCUAGGACAAAUCUAAGCUUCUAUGAAAUGUCAUCCUUUAAAGAAAAGAAGGCUGUUACGCUUGCCGAAGAGUCUGCAAACGCUUUCAUCAAUCACAAUGUGGACAAGCUGAGCCGCAUCUAUCCAGCUGGCUCCCGGACCGACUCGUCCAACUACAACCCGGUGCCUUUAUGGAAUACUGGCUGCCAAAUUGUGGCCCUAAACUUUCAGACAAACUGCGAAGAUAUGGAUUUAAACCAAGGCAAAUUCCUUGUGAAUGGGAAGAGUGGCUACAUCCUGAAACCGGCCUACCUGAGGAAAAGAGACACAGAGUUCGACCCGAUCACUCUGACCCGAGGAGAAUGGUUGAAGCACAAGUUACUCCAUGUCAUGGUUAUAUCCGCUCAGCAGCUGCCUAAAAUAAACAACAAGAAAUCCUCUAUUGUUGACCCGCUGGUAAAGGUGGAGGUGUAUGGUGUGCCGGCUGACACAUCUGCGAAAGAAACAUGUGUCGUUGAGAACAAUGGUUUCAACCCAGCAUGGAAUGAGAACUUCCAGUUUGACGUAUACGUACCAGAGCUUGCCUUGGUGCGCUUCCUCAUAGAGGACCAUGAUUCAACAUCUGGUAACGAGUUUGUUGCACAGUACACAAUUCCACUCAACAGUUUAAAGAUGGGAUACAGACACGUGCCUCUGCUCGAUAAAACCGGUCACGUCGUCCCUGCAGCUGCGCUCUUUGUACACGUCAUGGUCGUCGAUGUUGAAUAA